CAAUCGGUGUCCGACCGAAACGAAAGAUCUCACAUUGGCCAAGGAAAAUUCUACGACAAAAAAUCGUUAGCAUUUCCGCCAUUAGCUUUAUUUUAAGUAAAGGAAAAUGGACAAAAAUUUACGGCUAGGCUACGUAGAAUCUCACGCGCAAGAACAGACGACGAAUCUAAAGCAAAAAUCUAAAAUAAAUCCGUAGUUAAACAGUUGAAAUUGUUAAUAAAUUGCAACGAAUUGAAGAGCAGUUCAAUAAGCUAAACGAACACAGUAACAUUAAGUCUUUGCCUUUAAACGACAUAAUAUACAUAUUUGCGCCUAACGGUUUUUGUAGUAAAUGUCAAUAUACGAGUAAAUCAGAAAAUUCUCACGAACACCGCUACAAAGAAAAGUGUAAAUACAGUCCUAAAAAUAUAUUUAUUUAUAUGUGAGUGCUCGAAUAAAAAUUAUAAUAAACAGUUAGCAAGUGUAGUAAACGAAUAACUGUAAUAUAAAGGACACACAAUCAAAAUAUAUAUAUUGAAAAAAUAAUACUUUAGUUAAUUAGUGAAAACUACACACCACAUAUAUACAUACAUAUAUAUUCACAUCAAUGCUUAUGAAACUCGAAUCCUGUUAGUAUAUAUAUUGAGAACAUUGCGACUAAUUGAGUAAAUUUAUAUAGUGACGUCACUUCCGUUAUUAACACGAAUCAAAAAGUUAGAAGAAUCGCCUGUGCGCGUAUCAUUCUUCGUACACUGUAAAAAAUACUGCACCAAUUGCUUCCAACAUAAAUAAUUGCGAACUUAGCGACAUAAGCGAUACAAAGCGAUACGGCAAGAAAGGAGAUAUUUCACGAAAAAAACCUCGCUAACUUGAAGUGAUUAAAGGUGCACUACAAGCAGAGGUCAAGAACUAAAAAAAAGUGAAGCUUGAAACAGUGCCUUAACCAUAUAUAGAGUGAGUGAAUUGCAGCAGCUCGAGCAACGUAGAGCUGCAUUGAAACCGAUAACUAGCCCAAGGAUUCAAAAAGUUUUGAUAAAACGAGUUUAAGGAAUCCUAAGAAGUGCCAUUUAGAAUUGUAUAAGGAUAUUUGAAAUAUAUCGUAGAACUGAGACCAAAGAAAACAUACAGCGUUUACACAAACGGAUAGACAAAGAGGAAACGGAGCGAGCUGCUUAGCUGAAAAUUCUUUUUUAUAUUAAAGAGGAAAAUAAAACAGACUGUAACUCUAAGCACCCAACUGUAAAGCAUUUGAUUAAUAUUUAUAUACUUAUUAUUGAAAUAUCUAACUCGAUUGGUGGUUAGAAACGCUUACACGCGCACUCACCUACUGCAGAGUGAAACAUAUGGUAUAUAUUUAAGCACUUGACGUUUGAUCGCUUGAACAGAAGCAGCAGUGAUUUGAAUCAAAAAUUCAAAAGAAGAAUCAUUGAGAACCUUUCGAAUGGUCGGACUUACCACAAUCUUAGAAUUUAAUAGAUUUAAUUAUAUACAAAAGUAGUUACGAAAUUAUGGCAGAUAAAUAUAGCAAAACGACCUCUAGCAGCGUGUUAGUUGAAAAGAACGACAGAAAAAAGGCUACAAAUGCGCAAGCGACACGCCAGUUGCCCGGCGAUGGCGCUUGUAGUAGCGCGCAUCCUAAAAAUGUGCAAAUCCUAACGAAGUUGGCCAGCACACUGAGCGAAAGCUACCAGCUGGUCAAGCAACGACAAGAUAAAUACAAAGAACUGAGCUCCAAAAUGGGCGGUGCGGACGCACCACAGCUCAUAAGCUAUACACAAGAUGGUGACGAUGGCAGCGCCGGCGAGUGGCAGGAAGUGAAGAAUAAACUGAAGCGUAAGAAGAAGUUAUCCACUUCAUUGACGUCCGUCAGCGACUCGGUAAAUCAAGAGAAGCGCACACGCAUCGAGGGAAUUCAGCUGAAUUGCCGCGGCAAGCUGCACAUCACCGAACUGCCGACGCCAGUGCCACAAUCAGCCACACGCACUUAUGUUAGUGCUGGUGUGGCACAACGCGCCGAACGCUGGGGCGGUGCGAAGCCAUCGCCUUCCCCCACAAACACGAACAGUGCGACACAUAAACAGAUGAAUGCGAACAGCGCCGUGACGGCGCAGGCGACGAGCACGAACACUGCUGCAGGAGUCGCAGGCACAACAGUGCCACCACCGCGUCUCAAGCGGAAACUGCAGGAAAAUGUACAGACGAUACAAAAGCUGAAUGCGCUUACCGAGCAGCUGAGGCUGGAGAUCAACGAGCUGAAGUCGAGCUUGACAACUGAGCGCGGCGCUGUUCGUGUGUUGCGUGCACAAAAUGAAGCAGAGACAAGAAAAUGGCGAAAUGAAGUGAAGAGACUACAAAAUUCUCUCGAAAAUUUGAAAAAGAACACCACUUUGCCGCUGAUCGGCGCCAAAAAGGCGACAGAUGCAGCCAAUGAAAACUUAACAAAUGCUUCCGUAGCUGGCAUCACAACCAACUAUGAAGUACAAAGACUGACAAAUGAAGUUAACGCGCUGAAAGAAGCGAAUAGAGCCUUAGAAGAGAAGAAAAUGAUCAAUGGCGAUGCUGAUAGACGUAAAGCAGCUGAUAUGCGCACAUUGAGAGAUACCUACGAAAUCCGAUUGACUCAAUUAACAAAAUCUGCCAAAACUGAAAUAUCACGUCUGCUGGAGGAAAUAAAAACCAAAGAACGUAAUAUUGGGCAACUUAAGAAAGAAAUUCAAACGCUUCAGACGCGGCCGCAGAGCCAGUCUGAAGUAAAAAGCAGAAAUGCAACGACCAAUUCACAAACGACAAAUAAAACGACGAAACCAAAGAAAAAUAACAAUAACAAUAAAAUAAAAAAUAAAUCAACAAAAAAUAGCGUAAACGAAACCAAUGCUUCCGCUUCCGCUUUGUCGAAAAAAUCGGAGGACAGCAAGGAUAUAGCCACAGGAGAGGCUCAACAUCCAAAUGAGGUGAGUACAAAAUACAUUUUCUAUUUUUUAGUAUUUGAAUUUGAUUUUCCACAAGCGUGUCAUGGACAGUUAUAUUAA